GGCAAGUAUAACGAGCAAUUAAAGAGAAUUUAUUCUCAAACUUCUCAAACACGCCUUACUAGUAAUCCCUAUAUAAACAGAUUUAUUUCACGACUAAACUCCAUACCUGAAACAGUCAUGGAAGAAUCACACAGAUCAGACUCGAUUUCUAAAAGACAGCGUCUUGAUUCUUCCAUAGCCGGAGAUAUCACAAACCCUAAAGGCGAGGGCUCUUCUAAGAUCGUCCAGUUUGCUGGCAAUGUCGUCUACAGGUUGUACUUCAAAGGUUUGGUGAGUGACGAGGUGGUGGCUGAGAGUGGAGAAAGGACCGUGACGGCUGGAUUCGGAGUUGCGAUUUGCGACGUGGCGGAUAACUUGUUGUAUGAGAUGAAGGAAUCACUGAGUGACGGCGACGUUAAGCGCAGAGGAGUGGAGAUUAGGGCACUGGUUCAUGGCUUAAGUGAAGCCUUCAACAUGGGGAUCAGACAUGUCAGGAUUCAUUGCGAUGAUUAUCCCAUUUUUCAAUUCAUAAAUGGUGGAGAUAAGCCUACGCAGAACAAAAUGCGUCAGCUAGUGAACGAAGUUUGUCGCCUGAAAGAAAAAAUGGACUCUUGUGAACCUCUUAUGGUUGCACGGAACGAUGUCAAGUUCGCUUUUAAGCUGGCUAGGGAGGCCAUAGUUUCUCACAGCAAGGCAGCACAGGGAGAAACAUGUGCCAUCUGUCUUGAAGACACAAAUGUUGACCGGAUGAUGUUCUUGACUGACGAAUGCCGUCACCGUCAUUGCUUUUCUUGUGUGAAACAGUACGUGGAAGUGAAGCUGCUUAGCGGAGUCGUGCCCACGUGCCUUGGUGAAGGAUGCAAGUUAGAGCUCACCCUUGAAAGCUGCAGCAAGAUUUUGACGCCUAGGGUGAUUGAGAUGUGGAAAAGAAAGAUGAAAGAGGAUUUGAUCCCAGCUGAUGAGAGAAUCUAUUGCCCAUAUCCAAACUGUGCAAUGUUGAUGUCCAAAUCUGAUCUUUCGAGCCAUGCUGACCAAUCGAAAGUUCAAGAAUGUGUCAAAUGCCGUGGACACUUUUGUAUUGAUUGCAAAGUACCAUCGCAUACCGAUAUGUCGUGUGAUGAUUACAAGAAACUACACCCUGACCCUUUAGUUGAUGACAUGAAGCUAAAGUCUCUGGCAAACGACAAUAGCUGGCGUCAAUGUGUCAAGUGUAGGCACAUGAUUGAACUUUCUCAUGGUUGCAACCACAUGACUUGCAGAUGUGGAUAUGAGUUUUGCUACAAAUGUGGGGUAGAGUGGGAGAAGAACCAAAACUCAUGCCCUUCGGGUUGUCUACUCACUGGCCAUCGUGAUUAUGAUGAUGAAGAUGAUGAUGAUGAUGAUGAUGAUGAUGACUCAGAACAUACUUGUGAAGAGGAUAUGUGUGAAUGCUAUUAUGAUGAUGAUGGUGUUCGUUGGCGCGACUGGGAAGACUUUGUGGAUCAUCAACCUCGUGUCUAUGACCUGUCGCCGCUUCCUCCGGGUAUGGAUGUGGCGCCGCAGGGGUAUGAAGAUUUUCACAAUGAAGUAGGCAAUGAUGAUGAAUAUGAUGAUUACAACAAUUACGGUGGCUUAACGGAAUCUGACGAUGACGGGGGGUUUGAGGACUUCUACAGGGAGUAUUAUUCGCUUUAAUCUAUCUUUUUUUAUCAAAAGAGAGAUUAGAGUUGUUUUGGAAUACUUUUCCAUAUUUUCUUUGUUUCUUCCUCCGUUAUGUUUAAAUAACAAUGAAAAUUUUACUUGAUAAAUUAAAGACAGUAUUUAAGUAACAUUCUGC